AUGGACAGGUCUGAGUGUGGCUCAUCCUUGCAGGACCCAAGACCUGGUCAGAUCAGUGGUUGCUGUGCAGUGACUGGUGCCUGGAAACACCUGUAUGGAUUGUUUCACUACAGCCCUACAAUGCUCAGACUUGAAUCGCUUCCAGAUCCCACAGAUACCUGGGAAAUUAUAGAGACCAUAGGUAAAGGCACCUAUGGCAAGGUCUACAAAGUAACUAACAAGAGAAAUGGGAGCCUGGCUGCAGUAAAAAUUCUGGAUCCAAUCAAUGAUAUGGAUGAAGAGAUUGAGGCAGAAUAUAACAUUUUGCAGUUUCUUCCUAAUCAUCCCAACGUUGUCAAGUUUUAUGGGAUGUUUUACAAAGUGGAUCACUGUGUGGGAGGACAGCUGUGGCUGGUCCUGGAGCUGUGUAAUGGGGGCUCAGUCACCGAGCUUGUCAAAGGUCUACUCAGGUGUGGUCAGCAGUUGGAUGAAACAUUGAUCUCAUACAUCUUAUAUGGGGCCUUAUUGGGCCUUCAGCAUUUGCACAAUAACCGAAUCAUCCACCGUGAUGUCAAAGGGAAUAACAUUCUUCUGACAACAGAAGGAGGAGUUAAGCUCGUUGACUUUGGCGUCUCAGCUCAACUCACCAGUACACGUCUACGGAGAAACACAUCUGUUGGCACUCCAUUCUGGAUGGCCCCUGAGGUCAUCGCUUGUGAGCAGCAGUAUGACUCUUCUUAUGACGCGCGCUGUGACGUGUGGUCCUUGGGGAUUACAGCUAUUGAACUGGGGGAUGGAGACCCUCCCCUUUUUGACAUGCAUCCCGUGAAAACGCUCUUUAAGAUCCCAAGAAAUCCUCCACCUACUUUACUUCACCCGGAAAAAUGGUGUGAAGAAUUCAACCACUUUAUUUCACAGUGUCUUAUUAAGGAUUUUGAAAAGCGGCCUUCCAUCACACAUCUCCUCGACCACCCAUUUAUUCAAGGAGCCCACGGAAAGGUUUUGUUUCUGCAAAAACAGCUGGCCAAGGUCCUUCAAGACCAGAAGCGUCUAAACCCUGUUGUUAAAACCAGACGUGCAAGGAUGCAUACCAGAAGACCCUAUCAUGUGGAAGAUGCUGAAAAAUACUGCCUUGAGGAUGAUUUGGUCAAUCUAGAAGUUCUGGACGAGGAUACAAUUAUUCAUCAGUUGCAGAAGCGUUAUGUGGACUUGCUGAUUUACACAUAUGUUGGAGACAUCUUAAUUGCCUUGAACCCCUUCCAGAAUCUGAGCAUAUACUCUCCACAGUUUUCCAGACUUUAUCAUGGGGUGAAACGUGCCUCAAAUCCUCCCCACAUUUUUGCGUCAGCAGAUGCUGCCUACCAAUGCAUGGUUACUUUUAGCAAAGACCAGUGCAUUGUCAUCAGCGGAGAAAGUGGCUCUGGGAAGACAGAAAGUGCCCACCUGAUUGUUCAGCAUUUGACUUUCUUGGCAAAGGCCAGUAAUCAGACCUUGAGAGAGAAGAUUCUGCAGGUCAACUCCCUGGUGGAAGCCUUUGGAAAUGCAUGCACAGCCAUCAAUGACAAUUCCAGCCGUUUUGGAAAGUAUCUGGAAAUGAUGUUUACACCAACCGGAGCUGUGAUGGGGGCAAGAAUCUCUGAAUAUCUCCUUGAAAAGUCCAGAGUUAUAAAACAGGCAGUGGGAGAGAAAAAUUUUCACAUAUUUUACUAUAUUUAUGCUGGUCUUUAUCAACAAAAGAAACUUUCUGAGUUCAGACUUCCUGAGGAAAAACCUCCUAGGUACAUAGCUGAUGAAACUGGAAGGGUGAUGCAUGACAUAACUUCCAAUGAGUCUUACAGAAGACAAUUUGAAGCAAUUCAGCAUUGUUUCAGGAUUAUAGGGUUCACUAACAAGGAGGUGCACUCAGUGUACAGAAUUUUAGCUGGGAUUUUGAAUAUUGGAAACAUUGAGUUUGCAGCUAUUUCCUCUCAACAUCAAACUGAUAAAAGUGAGGUGCCCAAUGCGGAAGCUUUGGAAAAUGCUGCCUCUGUUCUCUGCAUCAGCCCCGAAGAGCUCCAGGAGGCCCUUACUUCACAUUGUGUGGUCACCCGAGGAGAGACCAUCAUCCGAGCCAACACUGUUGACAGGGCCGCGGAUGUCCGAGAUGCCAUGGCCAAGGCCCUGUAUGGGAGGCUCUUCAGCUGGAUUGUAAACCGCAUCAAUACACUCCUGCAGCCAGACAAGAACAUAUGUAGUGCAGACGAUCGUAUGAAUGUGGGGAUCUUGGAUAUUUUUGGAUUCGAGAACUUUCGGAGAAAUUCUUUUGAGCAGCUCUGCAUAAAUAUCGCCAAUGAACAAAUCCAGUACUAUUUUAAUCAGCACGUUUUUGCACUUGAGCAGAUGGAAUAUCACAAUGAGGGCAUUGACACAACACCUGUGGAGUAUGAGGACAAUCGCCCACUCUUGGAUAUGUUCCUCCAGAAACCCCUGGGACUGCUUGCACUUUUGGAUGAGGAAAGCCGGUUUCCCCAAGCAACUGACCAGACCCUGGUUGAUAAAUUUGAAGAUAAUCUACGAUGCAAAUACUUCUGGAGGCCCAAAGGCGUGGAGCUGUGCUUUGGCAUUCAGCACUAUGCGGGAAAGGUAUUAUAUGAUGCUUCUGGGGUUCUUGAGAAAAACAGAGACACUCUCCCUGCUGAUGUGGUUGUAGUCCUGAGAACAUCAGAAAACAAGCUUCUUCAGCAACUCUUCUCAAUCCCUUUAACCAAAACAGGUAACUUGGCCCAGACAAGAGCCAGGAUAACAGCAGCCUCGAGAUCUUUGCCUCCACAUUUCAGUGCUGGGAGAGCCAAGGUGGACACUCUAGAAGUAAUACGGCAUCCGGAAGAAACCACCAACAUGAAGAGACAGACCAUGGCUUCCUACUUCCGGUACUCUCUGAUGGAUCUGCUCUCCAAAAUGGUGGUUGGCCAGCCCCACUUUGUGCGCUGCAUUAAGCCCAAUGAUGAUCGAGAGGCCCUGAAGUUCUCUCAAGAUAGAGUGCGGGUCCAGCUCCGCUCCACGGGGAUCCUGGAGACAGUCAGCAUACGCCGGCAGGGUUAUUCCCACCGCAUCCUCUUUGAAGAGUUUGUGCGAAGGUAUUAUUACCUGGCAUUCAGAGCACAUCAAACACCGGUUGGUAGCAAAGAGAACUGUGUCGCUAUCUUGGAAAAGUCCAGAUUAGAUCACUGGGUGCUGGGAAAAACAAAGGUUUUUCUCAAAUAUUACCAUGUCGAGCAGUUAAAUUUGCUACUGCGAGAAGUCAUAGGCAGAGUGGUUGUGCUGCAGGCAUAUGCCAAGGGGUGGCUUGGAGCCAGGAGAUACAAGAGAGUCAGAGAGAAGAGAGAGAAGGGGGCCACUGCCAUCCAGUCAGCCUGGAGAGGAUAUGAUGCUCGGAAGAAAUUUAAGAAAAUAAGCAACAGAAGGAGUGAGUCUGCUCUUCAUAUUCAAGCAGGGCGCCCUUCAGACCAAAGCCAUGAUCCACAACUCCUUGUCACAGGGGCCACCUGGGGACGUGCCCACGGUCAAGAAUGCAGUGAGCCUGGUGACCACAAAGUUCUGAAGGGCUCUAUAGAGCAUAAAAACAGUCCACAAGCAGAAUCCAGCAGUGGCCAUGCAAAGACUUCAAGCAACUCUCCUUCUGUCACUGAGGAAAAUCGGUAUUCACAAGCCCAGAGUUCUCCAAAAGUGUGUGAUGUCUUCGCAGGAUAUCCAAACAAGCACUCAGUUCCUGGGACGGACCUGCUGUCUUCUCAGUCAUGCCAGGCUGCUCCAGAUCGUCCAGGACUGAGUCCCUCGAGAGCAGCCCCUGUAAAACCUGGUUCAGAAAAUGGUUUUGCACAGAAGCAGCGAACACCUCACCGAAGAUGUCAGCAGCCCAAAAUGUUGAGUAGCCCUGAGGACACCAUGUACUAUAACCAGUUAAAUGGAACUCUAGAAUAUCAAGGGAGCAAGAGGAAGCCAAGAAAACUUGGCCAAGUCAAAAUUCUUGAUGGGGAAGAUGAAUACUACAAAUCUCUGUCACCUGUGGACUCCAUCCCUGAGGAAGACAACUCAGCCCACCCUUUCUUUUUUCCCUCGUCCUCAAAAGGAGCAUCUUUUGCUCAACACUGA